CGCCGCGCGCUCUGAACCCUGGCGCAGCGGCUGUGAUGACAGGGAGGAAUCUCACGGCGCUAGGACCGUGGUUUUCUGCGCACACUGAUCCUAGCGCUGGGACCUCCGCUCCAACAAAACAGCUCGAAGCCAGUGAAGCUGUCAGCUGCAGCGAGAGGCAUCACCGGAGCUACACCCCCCACACCCGCCACCUCCUGCUCCAGCUCCCUGCCCAGACCACAGCCAAACCCAAUUCAUCUUGGCUGAGCUUCGGAGCCCUCCUUAUGGGCUCACAAUGCGCAGGAUUCGGGCCAACGCCAUCGCAAUUCUGACCGUCGCCUGGAUCCUGGGCACCUUCUAUUACCUGUGGCAGGACAAUAAACCGCACACCUCCCCGUCCUCGGUGUCGCAGACCCGCGCCGCCGGCGGCAGGGGCCAUGGUCAGAGAGCGGCUGCGGGUCGUGUGGAGAUUCACCGGGACGACAGGACGAUCCCGCUUAUUGUGACACGGCCUCCACGGGGGGAGCAUGGGGGGCAGCAGGCGGGACACUUCGAUGAGAAGGCGUAUCUGUCUGGGAAGCAGCUGAAGGCAGGAGAUGACCCGUACAGAGAGCAUGCCUUCAACCUGCAGGAGAGCGACCGGUUGGGCAGUGAGCGUGCCAUCCGAGAUACACGCCACUACAGGUGUGCAUCGGUGAACUUUGACCCCGACUUGCCAGCCACAAGUGUCAUCAUCACAUUCCACAAUGAGGCACGGUCCACACUUCUGCGCACCAUUAAAAGUGUCCUGCUGCGGAGCCCCGCCUCCCUGAUCCAGGAGAUAAUCCUUGUAGAUGACUUCAGCACGGACCCUGAAGACUGCCAGCUGCUCACUCAGAUCUCCAAGGUGCGCUGUCUGAGGAACGAACGCAGAGAGGGUCUGAUCCGCUCCCGGGUUCGUGGAGCUAGCGUAGCCUCCGCGUCCAUCCUGACCUUCCUGGACAGCCACUGUGAGGUCAACACGGACUGGCUCCAGCCCAUGAUCCAGAGGGUGAAAGAGGACCACACGCGUGUCGUCAGCCCCAUCAUUGAUGUAAUCAGCUUGGACAACUUUGCCUACCUGGCAGCAUCCGCAGACCUGAGGGGAGGGUUUGAUUGGAGUCUGCACUUUAAGUGGGAGCAGAUUCCUAUUGAGCAGAAAAUGUCCAGAACUGACCCCACACAGCCUAUCAGGACUCCGGUCAUCGCUGGUGGCAUCUUUGUGAUGGACAAGAGCUGGUUUAACCAUCUGGGCCAGUAUGACACUCACAUGGACAUCUGGGGAGGGGAGAACUUUGAGCUUUCCUUCAGGGUGUGGAUGUGUGGGGGCAGUCUGGAGAUUCUCCCUUGCAGCCGUGUGGGCCACGUCUUCAGGAAGCGCCACCCCUACGACUUCCCAGAGGGCAACGCUCUUACCUACAUCAAGAACACGCGUAGAGCAGCUGAGGUGUGGAUGGAUGAAUAUAAGCAGUACUACUAUGCCGCCAGGCCCUCCGCACAGGGCAAAUCCUUUGGCAGUAUCUCAGACCGCCUGGCUCUCCGUCGCAAGCUAAACUGCAACUCCUUCCGCUGGUACCUGGAGAAUGUGUACCCUGAACUGAAGAUCCCAGAGCAGGAAGCAGUGGCCAGUGUGCUUAAACAGGGUGGGCUGUGUCUGGAGUCCCACGGCACAGAGAGCCUGGGCCUGGGGGAGUGCAGGGGCAGCGGGGCCAACUGGCCCCAGUCACAGCAGAAGUGGACACUGGUGGAGCCUCUUAUUCGACAGCAGGACCUCUGCCUGGCUAUCGCUGCUUUCUCUUCGGGGUCGAAGGUUAAGAUGGAACCUUGCAACCCAAAAGAUGGCAAACAGAAGUGGAAGCCGAAGGGUCCUGCUUUGCAGCAUGUGGUCAGUGGUCUCUGUCUGGACAGUCAGCCCCCCGCAGGUCCCCCUGUCAUCACACAGUGCCGCCCCCAGCUUGCCAGCCAAUCCUGGGAGCCGCAGCUGCUCACCUGAUCGAAAUGGAGGGAUGGGUGUGUGUGUGUUUGGGGGUAAAUGGGAAUGGAAGAUUGUUAUGCACUAGGACCAAGUGGAUCGUGAAUGCAUACAGUCCGUGCGGGAGGAGCCACUGUCAGGAAGUGAAUGUGUCCCAGGAGUCUCCUUUUUGUGGUCUUUUCUGGGAUUUCUGGAGUUGUGUGUGAUUGAGGAUGGGGGUUGGGAGAAGGCAUGGAAGUUUUCUGAAUUCUCAAGCCCCCCUGAACCACCUUAGAGCUUACAACUGUAAUUCCUCACCCUCAACGUGGACAUUUUUUGCUCAUAGUUUUUAUUAGCUGUCUUCAAUGAGAGUUUUCACAAUUCUUGGCCAAAUCGGAGCGUUGUAGUGCUGGCUUGGCAUUUGGUUGACUGGUCAGUGACACAGAUUGAAUUUGGAAACUAAGAUAUGGAUGGAUUUCACUGUAGGACGGGAAGGAUGUUAAAUGGAGAGGUUUUAGAUAAGGCCAUCUGAAGCACUUUCAGGCACAUUGUUGUUUUUUGUUUUUGCAUGGCAACCUUAUUCCAGACCACACUGAAAGGGGAAAAAUGAUGUGACCAGUCCAGAGAAUGUAUUUU